GUCUUGAGUUAAAUAAUAAUUCUUACAUGAGGAUACUUUGUCCAAAUGUUGAUAAAGAAGAUGGGUUGGAGACAGUGCUGGAGGUGCCAAUUCCAGAUGAAAUGUUCAAAAGUAUGGGGAGUAAUGCAGCUCUUAGAUGGCAAAAUAUGGCAACAUGGAUGAAAGCUCAAACAUCUGAUAAAUGGUCAUCACCUAUUGUUGCUGCUCGUUAUAAUGAACUUAGUUUUCUACUUUAUAUGGUGGGAUCUCCUCUUAUCCCUUUUCAAAUCCAAUUGGGCCAAUCCGUUAAUCGCCCUGUCAAACAUUCUUCCAUUGAAGCGUCUACAGCGAAAUACAUAUUGCAACAAUACAUAGCAGCAACAGGGGGACAACCGGCGUUAAAUGCAGUGAAUAGUAUGUGUGUAAUUGGGCAUGUUAAAAUUACUGGAUCUGAUUUCCAUCAAGGUGAUCAAAGUGUGAAGGUGAGAAAAAGUGACGAAAAUGGAGGCUUUGUGCUUUGGCAAAAGAAUCCUGACCUUUGGUGCUUAGAAUUGCUUAUCUCUGGAUGUAAAGUCAUUUCUGGUAGUAAUGGCAAAAUCUCAUGGAGACAAUCUUCUAAUCAAAUUAGGCCUAUCUCCAAGGGUCCUCCUAGACCUCUCCGCCGCUUCCUGCAGGGACUAGAUCCUCGGUCUAUAGCAAACUUGUUUGCGAAUGCAGUCUGCAUAGGAGAGAAGAUAAUAAACGAAGAGGACUGUUUCAUUCUCAAACUAGACACAAAUCAAUCAGCAUUGGAGGCACAAAGCGGUCCAAAUUAUGAAAUACUUCAUCACACCAUUUGGGGAUACUUCAGCCAAAGAUCAGGUCUAAUGAUCAAGUUUGAGGAUUCCAGGUUGCUAACAGUUAAGACCAGCAGGGACGAUGAGGGCGUCUUCUGGGAGACUAGCACAGAAUCUGUUAUGGAGGACUAUAAGCAUGUUGAAGGAGUUAAUGUUGCGCAUAGUGGCAAGACUUUUGUUACAGUUUUCAGAUAUGGUGAGCACUCUGCAAACCACAAGAGGCAGCUGGAAGAAAGAUGGAAAAUUGAAGAGGUAGAUUUUAAUGUUGGAAGAUUGACAACUGAUUUCUUCAUGCCUCCUUCAGAUUUUGAUAAAGAACGUGCUCGAGUCUAGAAUAGAUGAUGGAAAUUAUAUACUUGAAGCAUAUUCAACACAAUUUUGCAGUAUAUACACAAACAGAAAGCUUUU